AUGACCUCUCGAUUUUCGACCUUGGUCAUACUUCUGUCUGUACUGCUUGUGUCGUCGCUUGUCUCUGCGGCUGCGAUUCCAGAUGACUCUCACCCACUAGCUCAUGGCAUGUUCCUAUCGCAAACUGAUGCGUAUCUGAGUGGAGAGAGCGUAACCGGCGAUCAUCUAGAUAGUCACCAUGUGCAAGAGGGACAAUCCCGAUACGGCAAAAACUGGGUCAUCGAGAGCAGUCUAACCGACGAGGCAGCCACGCUACCUAUCCUCGUCGCCCCCGAGGAGGACACUGAUGAGCACACUUCAUCGCACCUGCACGCUCGCUCAGACGCCAGCACCGACUCACUGCCGACAGCCUUCGACACCAAUCUCUCCAACAACUUCACAGCCCAGAGCUGCCCCAAGUUCUUCAACGACUUCCUCUCCGACUCGACCGUCACCUCUUGCUACCCCAUCUCGCUCCUCCUCCACGACUCCACCUCCUUCUUCCACACCCUCACCUCCGCAACCGCCACCUCGCACGUCCUCGACCUCUCCUGCGCCGCCUCCGUCGACAACUGCAAAUCCACCUUCAACCGCCUCGCAACCAACCUCCUCAAAGACGACGUCUGCGGCAAAGACUACAAGCUCGGGAACCCGCUCGUCGCAAGCGCCUACACAGGCUUUAUCACCUACGAGCCUGUCUACCGCGCUUCCUGCCUCAAGAACCCCGCCACAAAAGACUACUGCUUCGUCGAUGCAGCCACCAACGCCUCGUCCCCGCAGGAUCUUGACACCUACUCUAUCCCCGCCGGGUACCCCACCGACCAAGCUCCCUGGCCCACCUGCAACAAGUGCCUGCAAGCCAGCAUGGAUAUCUUCAGUCGCUGGGCGCAGAUCGACGGCCAGCCGCUCACGACGUCCUAUCUCCCCUCUGCGUCGGCGCUGAACCGACACUGCGGCGAUAAUUUCGCGAAUGUGAACAUCACAGUUGGCAAGAAAGCAGAAACGGCGUCGGGGGCUUGGAGGCCUGCGGUGGUUGAUUGGCGGUUGGUCGGGUGGACGGUGGCUUUGAGUCUUGGGAUGUCGGUGCUGUGA